AUGCAUUUUGGAAUUAAUUAUGUUUUGUGGCUCAUUAUUGGACUAUCGUUUAUUAAAUUUGGAAACGCUUACACAAAUCCUCUUACAAAAAUAUUCGGCGGAGAUUCUGCAAAGAACCAUCCACCUCCAAGACAUGAUACUCCAGCCUCCUCAUGUCAUUGCACUUGUGGGGAAAGGAACGAAAACAGCAGGAUAGUAGGCGGAAAACCAGCCCUAGAAAACGAAUUUCCUUGGAUGGCCAGAUUGUCCUAUUUCAAUAGAUUUUAUUGUGGAGGGAUGUUGAUUAACGACAGAUAUGUUUUGACUGCUGCUCACUGUGUUAAAGGAUUUAUGUGGUUCAUGAUCAAAGUAACACUAGGAGAACACGAUAGAUGCAACGACGCCAAACGACCAGAAUCCAGAUUUGUACUGAGAGCGGUAGCUGGAGCUUUUAGUUUCCUGAAUUUCGACAACGAUAUCGCUUUAUUGAGGCUCAACGAUCGAGUACCGAUUACGCAACAUAUAAAGCCCGUUUGUUUACCUAAAUUAAAAGAUGAAGCUUACGUGGGUCAAAUAGCAACAGCCGCAGGAUGGGGUACAUUAAAAGAAGACGGAAAGCCUUCUUGUAUUUUGCAGGAAGUCAGCGUUCCCGUUAUAAGUAUCGAUGAUUGUCGUAAAACGAAUUAUUCGUCUAAAAUGAUCUCUGAUAAUAUGCUUUGUGCUGGAUAUCCUGAAAUAGGACAGAAGGAUUCUUGUCAGGGUGAUAGUGGUGGUCCACUUAUUGUAGAAAGAAGUGACAAAAGAUAUGAAUUAAUUGGUGUCGUUUCUUGGGGUAAUGGAUGCGCCAGACCCGGAUAUCCAGGAGUCUACACCAGAGUCACUCGUUAUUUGGACUGGAUUUUGGAAAACUCGAAAGAUGGCUGUUUCUGUCAAGACUAA